GCUCAAGACUCGGCCCUGGCCCGUGCGCCCGCGAGCGUUUACCUCUCUCCUUCGGCCCCUCUCGCCCACAAGGCGAUGGCCCCGCCGGCGCAGCAGGGGGGCGAGGACUCCCUGCGCUCGAAGGGCCUGCUGCCGGCCGUGGGCGUGGGCGCCGCCGUGUACUUCGUCACGGGCAUCGUGUCGAUCUCCACGCUGGGCCUCGUCGGUGUCGGUGCAGGCGUUGGCUACGGCGUCGGGAGCUGGAUCGCCGACAAGUACUACGCG